GGCGCGGUCCGGCGGGUUGGCCAAGAUGGCGGUCGCCGGCGGAGGUCUGGGGGGUCCCGUGGAAGUGGCGGUGGUGGCAGCGGCGGGCGAGACCUCUUUGGGACCCGGUAGCGGCGGCUCCUCUUCCAACUCGUCGGGUAGCGGCUGCUGCUCGGUGUGGGAAGUGGGCUCCGGGGCAUCGGUAGCCGGCUACCGCGGGGGCUGCUGCGCCCCUCGUGGGCUGACGCUGCUCGGCGGGGAGCAUCUUCUCGGGGCGCAGCUCGGCAAAGCCUGCGUGGGAGCCUGGGAGCUCCAGAGGAAGGAUCAACUCCAGCAGAAGAUAAUAUGCCCGGGUCCAGUGGCUUGCCUGACAGCUGCUCCCAAUGGUCUCUACAUCUUGGCAGGUAUUGCUGAAAGCAUCUACCUCUGGGAGGUAUCUAGUGGGAAUCUACUUGCUAUCCUGAAUCGACAUUAUCAGGACUUAAGCUGCUUGGCCUUCACGGACGACAGCAGCCAUUUUCUCUCUGGAGCCAAAGACUGUCUUGUCAUAGUCUGGAGCCUGUACAGUGUGCUACAGGUGGAACACGGCCAAAGCCCUGAGCCCCGCCACGUGUGGUCACGGCACAGCCUUCCCAUCACAGAUCUCUGCUGCGGUGUUGGUGGCCCCUUGGCCAGAGCUGCCACAGGCUCUUUGGACCAAACAGCAAAGUUGUGGGAGAUCUCCUCCGGGAACCUUCUCCUCUCUGUCGUCUUCGAUGUGAGCAUCAUGUCGGUGACCCUCGACCUUGCGGAAUACCACAUGUUCUGUGGCGGGCUGGAUGGUUCCAUCUUCCAGGUUGACCUCUGCUCCUGGCCUGUGCAAAGAGAAAGAGGUUUUCAGUCUGAGCAGGAGAACGGAAAGAUCUUCAAAGGACAUAGGAAUCAGGUGACAUGUCUCUCCGUCUCCACCGAUGGAAGCCUUCUGCUCUCUGGCUCGCAUGAUGAAACAGUUCGGCUGUGGGACAUCCAGAGCAAACAAUGUCUCCGCACCGUGAAUUACAAAGGUCCGAUCACAAAUGCUUUCAUCAUCCUGGCACCUGCCAACAUGCUGAAUCCGGACAGCAAGCCUCGCAUCCCACUGCCCAAAUUCAGCCGGCAUCUUCACAGCACAGAGAGCAUGGAAAACUCUGCCAGUGAGGGGCUGACGCUGUGUCUGGGGCUGCAUCAGAAGGGUUCGGAGGAGAGUUACCUGGAGAGAACAGAGCGCUUAUAUCUCCAGAUGUGCUCAACGAGAGAAAAGAAUUUGAUGGGCGACCAAGAGCAACUGAAAAUUCAGGUGACAGAACUGGAGGAGGAAGUCAACACCCUGCGGAAGAUCAACAAGAAUCUCUUCGACUUCUCCAGCUCUAUCAUCACCUCACCCAAAUAGAACAGCUUCUGAAGCCCAGCUAGAGGUGGAAUCUUGGACACAGCCAUUUCCUCCAUGGCAAUGUUUGAUGGGAACUUAUACGGUUGCAGAGAUACCCUCUCGUAACCAUGUCUAACUUCAGGGCUGGACAUGGAAGUCUCUAGCAUCUAGGUGUUUUGGGUGGAGCCCUACCCCCCAAAAAAAUAUCUUUAUGGGUAACAGCACACGGUAUGGAAGGAGAAUAAUCCAGAAGGGAAAAACUUAUGACUCUUUUUCUUUUACAGUGCAGCUUCUUCCAUCCUACAAGGUCCUUUCAUUCCUCAAACAGAACCAACUGUAGAUCUUCUUCAAGAUGCCACCACCCCCUUUUCUCCAGUCGGAAAUCACGUGGCUGCUUUUAGAAUUCCUCUUGUACUUGGGAACUUCUGGGGAUUGAAGACAACCAUGGGCUCCGAAGGCAUCACACACAAUAGUGUGCCCUCAUUGUAACUGGCCAGGGAGAGGGACAAUUGACUACCAUGAAGAAUGACCUGUGUAGCUGAAACUGAGCACAGAGGCUUCCCGUCCUCAAGAUCCUGCUGGGGGGGAAAAAAUGGGAGAGAUGGGGAAGAUCAUGUUUUCUCAUGUUUUCCUCAUUUGGAAACGGUGGGAAAACCUUCCCUGCAAGGCCGAGCUGGCAUGAUCAGGGAAAAAAAUGGUUUUUUUUAACUGAUCUGCUACUCUUCCUACAGAAUUAUUGCAGGAUUUUUUGUCUGGUCCAUCAUUCUACCAACUUAUGCACAGAUCUUUAGCCAACCGGAUAUCUAGUUAGGCUUCUUUCAAGCCAGCUCCUUUGGCUUCCGUACAGUUGCAGGCUACAGGACCAGCCUCAGGAUGCAUUUGCCAUGUAGCAGAUUUACAUUGGGUUAUCUAGUUUAAUUCUCUUUCUUUAGAGGAAAAAUACCCCUCUGGUUCUGUCUUCAGCCAAAUUGUUGUUUGUUAUAUUACACUUUUUUAAAAAAAACAAAACUCCGAAACAAAAACUGUUAACACAAGUAUUUGAUUCCCCCACCACCACCCCAUCCCCUUUAAUAUUAUUGUCUGUCUCCUAGCAAAUGGCUCUAUUACUGUGUCCUGUUUGGGAGGCUUCCAGAGCAUCUGCUGAACACCAGUGGAAAGGAGGCUGCCGGGCUUAAGUGGAAUGACAAUUAAGUGAAAUGUUCACCUUCAGGAAACAGUCCAUCUCAGAACACCAAUCGCAAGCCGCAAAUAGGAGGAGUGUGGCUGUUCAGCCCUGUUGACAGACUUCUUAGGCUAUCGAGCGGGUAAUUCUAGAUGGCGAUAAUGGAUCCAGCGAGCUGAUUUUUGCGAUCUUAUUAAUGGGGCCUAAAAAACGAGAGCAAACAUUGUAGGCCACAUGUUCAGGAGCAGCAUUGCUCCGUGGAGAAAGAGCAAAUCGCUUCUUUCCUUUACCAUAUGGCCUGUUGCUGAAUUUUCCCAGCAACAUCUGGCCGGAAAGAAGUUGGGUCCUGCCAAGCACGAACUGCAACCGUAAAUCGUUGCCCAAGAACAAUUGGCUUUAUUUUAUUUUUUUUGCAAACUGAAGAAAAGGCAGGGAUUUCUCUUUAAUUGCAUAGAAAGUGAAAUCAGCUUUGACGCUCUGCGUGGGAGGGAGACGAGAAGCAGAAAGUUGUCCUUAGCAAGCCCUUGGUGGUGGUGGAGGAGGAGGAGGAGGGAAAACCCCUGGUCCUCGGCUUGUUUGUCCCAGACCCAGAUGAUGACUUUACCCUUUUCAAGGCUCGAUUGCUCCAAAUUGGCAGCCUGCAAUAUUGAUGGAGACAUCUGGCAUAAGGAAGGCAACAUAAUUCCAUUUGUUUUGAACUGCAGCUAUUCGUUCUGCUUAGCAGGGCCAGCUAUCCUGUCCCCUUCAUUUCCUAGUCAUGCAUAAAAGAAGACGAGGCCUCCGGAGGAGACAAGAAGCUCGCCUUAAACCAGUGUUUCUCAACCUUGGUAGCUUGAAGAUGGGUGGACUUCAACUCCCAGAAUCCCCCAGCCAGCAGAAUCCCCCAUCCCCCAGCCAUCUUCAAGCUACCAAGGUUGAGAAACACUGCCUUAAACAGAGCAGGGAAUGAAACCCCCACAGCUCUUGGUCAAGACAGCAAGGUCCCUUUUUCAGUCGUAGCUGCCUCUUCCCCCGCCCCUCUUUCCCACCCCAGUGCCACGUUUUUUAUUUUAUCAAGGCAGGGAAUUUAGUGUCAUGGCUCUUGUUAGAUCCUGGUUCAGAGGAGGAGGAGGAAUUGGAACCGGAAUCCGAAGGGGAGGACACGGCCGUCUCCCAAACGAGAGUUGAGAGUCCAAGGGCUGAGGACAAGGCAGUCCCAGGGCCAUCUGGCAGUGGGCCGGGGCUGGGGGCCGGCUGACCUGAUGGGAGGUGAGUCAUUUGUGACUGCAAUAAGUGAGCCAUAAACGGACCCUCCUUAACCUCUGCCUUGCCAGCAUGACUUGGGUCAGAAGACUGGGAAUGGGACAGCUUGCUGCGGCCAACUCACUGCAGGACAACUCAUCGUGGCCAGCUCGCCGCAGGAUAACUCAUCGUGGCCAAGUCACCGCAGGACAACUCACCGUGGCCAGCUCGCCACAGGAUAACUCGCCAUGGGAUAACACUGCGGGACAAUGUAACGAUUUUAUUCAGUUAUUUUAAAUAAAAUAAAAACUUUUAAUUUUUGCCGUU